AUGGCCGGCAACCUCUCCGAGCUGGAGGAGGCCCUCCUGACGCUGGUGAGGAACUACGACAAAUACGCCGAGAAGUCCUUUUUCCUCAGAUACUUUUUCGGGAAACAGGGCAAGAUCAGCAAGGAGAAUUUUGGGAAGAUGCUCAACGAGGAGCUCAGCCACGUGCUGUCGGUGAGGCAAAGGGCAGCGGUGGUGGUGGUGGCUACAGAGCAUGCUUCCUCAUCUAGCUAAGUAUUUCCAGCACUGACUGGCAACAGCUUGCCAGGGUUUGCCAGGGUUUGAGGCAGAGAGAUCUAGGAAUAUGGCUGACAGCAAAGGACCCCAAUAUAUUCCAAGACAACUAUGUUCAAAUAUGGAAAUAAUUUGGGAAUAUGGGGGGUGGGGAGCGAAACUCUCUUUGUUGGGAAGCCAUGAAAAUGAAUGUAUUACCAAAAAUGUUGUUUUCAUCUCAAACUGCACCAAUUGUUAAUAACACAGGCUGCUUUAAAGAGUGGCAAAAAGAAAUCUCUAGAUCUGUCUGGCAGGGGAAGAAAUGGAGAAUACAGUAUAAAAUUUUGAUAGAUGCUAAAGGAAGAGGUGGCUUUUCCCGACCAGACUUUCAUUUAUAUUAUGAAGCAGCCUGUCUAUGUUGGUUAAAAGAAUGGAUUGUGUUGGAAAACACUCAGUUGUUGGACUUAGAGGGCUAUGGUAUUAAGUUUGGUUGGCGUGCAGGUCUAUAGUAUGACAAUGCUAGAAUACAUAAGAACAUUUGAGCCAUGUUAUUAGAAAGAAUUUCCUUUUGGAAAGUAAAACACCUCUAUGGCUCUCAGCUAUAGAAGCAAUCUCGUUGAAAAAACUUAAUAUUUUGGACGUUUUGGACUUUACCAACCAAGAAGUAAAACUGAAGAAACUAGAGGAAGUCAGAAACUAUGUGAUGGGUUGAACGAAGUGUUUAAAGGCAACAAGGAACACAGGUUUAUGGACCAAAGUUCCCAGUUUGAGAGGGAACUAGUAGAAAAUAGAGAAAAACUAAUUUCUAGGAUGUAUAAGAUACUGUUAGAAUGGGAAACAAAAGAUGAAAUGGUUAAAUCUGCCAUGAUUCCGUGGGCUAGAGGUGUGGAUCACAACACAGAUUUAGAUCUAUGGGAGAAAUUGUGGAAAACAGGUAUGAAGUUUACGGCAUGGCUUUGAGAGAAAAAUUAAUGAAAUGAUUUAUAGAUGGUACCUGACACCAAGUAAAUUGGCUAAAAUGUAUAAGUCAGCAUCAGGUACAUGUUGGAAAUGUAAAGAAACAGAAGGUACAUUUUAUCAUAUGUGGUGGACUUGUAAAGUCGCCAUGGGAUAUUGGGAGACGAUAUACAAUGAGAUAAAAAUAGUAAUUAAGAGAUCUCUCCCCCAAAAGACCGGAAUCUUUUCUUUUAGGGUUAACCGCAUCAGAUGUACCAAAGAGCAGUUGAAAUGGAUGGAAUAUGCAGAAUUAGCAAGUUGUAACUGGUAAAAUCAGAGAAAAAUAUGAAACAGCUUUCAAGGAGGAUUGGAAAAUGUUUGUAGAUUGUUAAAAAAAAAAUGUAAACACGUUAUCACACUAGCAGGUUUGAAGUAAGUUCAGCGGCAAAAGUUACUUUGAGAAUACAGUCGUACCUUGGUUUUGGAACAGCUUAGUUCCCAAACGUUUGGGCUCCCAAAGGCCGCAAACCCGGAAGUCAGUAUUCCAGUUUGCAAACUAUUUUCAGAAGCCGAACGUCCAGCAUGGCUUCCGCAGCUUCUGGUUGGCUGCAGGAGCUUCCUGCAGCCAAUCAGAAGCCACGCUUUUGGUUUCCAAACGUUUUGGAAGUCGAACGGACUUCCGGAACGGAUUCCGUUCGCCUUCCAGGGUAUGACUGGAAGAAGUUAUAAUUAUAAUAUACAGCAGCUGAAGAUAACCAGGACAAAACCAUGGGAGGGAGGGAGGAAAGUCAACUUUUAACAGUGAAUGUAUGCUGGAAAGUAUUUGAUUACAGUGGACGCUCAGGUUGCGAACGUGAUCCGUGCGGGAUGCAUGUUCGCAACCCGCAGUGUUCACAACCUGCAGCAGCGCAUCUGUGCACACCCGGGUUGCGAUUUGGCGCUUCUGCGCAUGCGCAACCUGAAGCGUUCCGGUACUUCUGGGCUUCGGCAGUCCGUAACCUGAAAGAACACAACCUGAAGCGUCUGUAACCCAAGAUCUGACUGUAAUUGUAUUUUAUUUGUGGCAGGGAGUGGGAGGUUUUCCAAACCCUUAGGCGUUAGGUCUUCCAUUCCUGCCAGUGUGGUGUAGUGGUUAAGAGCGGUAGUCUCAUAGUCUGGGGAACCGGGUUCGCGUCUCCGCUCCUCCACAUGCAGCUGCUGGCUGACCUUGGGCUAGUCACACUUCUUUGAAGUCUCUCAGCCUCACUCACCUCACAGAGUGUCUAUUGUAGGGGAGGAAGGGAAAGGAGAUUGUUAGCCGCUUUGAGACUCCUUAAAAGGGAGUGAAAGGCGGGAUAUCAAAUCCAAACUCUUCUUCAUCUUCUUUUCUCACUAGUUCCGUUCCUUCUCCUCCCUGCUCCUUCCCUGUCACUCCCAUCCAGAACACCGACAGCAAGACUGCUGCCCAAGAAAUGUUUGCUGACAUGGAUUUGGAUGAGGACGGGAAGAUGAGCUUUGAUGAAUAUUGGAGGCUGAUCGGUGGCAUCAUCAACCAACUUUUGCACGUGAAGCAACAGGUUCAGGAGCGUGACGGAUGA